UCUAAUGAUCUGGACAUUGGGGCAGCACACCAUAAAAAGGAAGCCUUGCACAGCGAGACAAGAAAUGUCACUGUUGCAUGGCCAAGAAGAAUGAAAAACCGUGAGAGAGUAGCCAUAUAAACGGGGAGGAGGGGGGUGCACCUUCUUGCCUAGCAACGUGCAAAAGUCGCAAAGCAGCUUCAUCCGUUCAGCAUCCCAUCGUCCGUCUCAGUAAGCGUUUGACAUGAGAGAGGCUGCUUAUUUCCAUAGGGAUAGGGAUUAUGAAUGGGGACACUUCAAAAGAAAUGGCCAAUCGCUGACCUCCUAAACCACAGAGGAAGAGAACGUCGCCUGUGAAAUCUAUAGAAAGAGAUGAGGAGCAGAGGAGAGCUGUGUGUGGAGGAGAUUUGAGCUGCGGUAGCUUAAAAGGGAAGACGGCAAAGCACAACAUCCAUUUGCGACAGGACUGUUGGCUUCUAAUGGUGCAUAAGAAAGAAACCAUGUUUAAGAGCAUGCCAACAGAAACAGCCUUUCAGUCCAAGCAAAAGAUCUCUGUACAUCUGGAGUCACCGUACAACCAUGAAAGGCUGCUGACAAAUCCAAAGAAUCCAGAGAGGUACUUCACGGACUGCACACAGAGGAAAAAAUGAAUUGCCUGCAAUGCAGUGUUAAAAAGAUCACCCGAAGUCAUCACUUGGAUUUUGCGGGUCAUGCUACAGCUGUAUUUCCACUGCUCAAAAAUUAACAGCGUGUUUGUUAGCCAGCACUGAAUAAAAUCAUGAGGUGGAAGCGCAGACGCUGCUGCACACACACUGCUUUCCUCCUCAUUUUGCUCUUGUGUGUGGGAGGGCUUGUUGUACUGGGACAAUGGAAGCGCCCUAGGGUGAACCCGGUGACGAUGACAGCUAGAGGGGUCCACAUCAUGAAAACAGACUCCAACUCUAGCACGAUGAAACCAAGCAAGUGGAAAGAUCCUGGAGUGCCCCCUAUACCACCAAUGUUUGAGGUCAAACUCAGCUCGGCUUUGGAUGAAAGUUCACAGCAGGGGUUGGAAACCUCCUUGGGUUCAAAUGUCAGUUUAAGUGGAGAGAUGAGAGCAAAGAGGACACUUAUGGUCGAGCCGUACAAGUAUAUCUUUAACGAGCCAGAAGCAUGCAUGCAGAGAGCUCCCUUCUUGGUGCUUCUCGUUGCAGUUGAGCCCAAGCAAGCAGACGCAAGGAAUGCCAUCAGGCAGACAUGGGGCAACGAGAGCGUGGCUGGAGGCUUGGGAUUUGUCCGCCUUUUCCUCCUUGGUGUUAAAGACGACACCAAGGAAAUAGGCAGCAAACUGCAGCGCACAAUAGAGGCUGAAAGUCGUCAGCAUCAUGACAUCAUCCAGCAAGACUUCCAGGAUACUUACCAAAACCUUACCCUCAAGACUCUGAUGGGGAUGUACUGGGUCGCAACGUAUUGCCCCGGUGCCAGCUACGUCAUGAAGACGGAUAGUGACAUGUUUGUCAAUACUGAAUACCUCAUACAUAAACUCUUGAAGCCCAAGGAACAACCAAGACAGAAAUAUUUCACAGGGUAUCUCAUGAGAGGAUAUGCCCCAAACCGAAACAAACGCAGCAAAUGGUACAUGUCCCAAGAACUGUACCCCAGUGAGCGAUACCCUAUCUUCUGUUCUGGGACUGGGUAUGUGUUCUCAGGUGACAUGGCACACAGGAUCUAUGAAGCAUCUCUGAGCAUUCGCAGGCUGCAUUUAGAAGAUGUUUACGUGGGCAUCUGCCUAGCCAAACUGAGGAUAGAACCAGUGCCACCGCCAAAUGAAUUUCUGUUCAAUCACUGGCGAGUGUCCUAUUCCAGCUGCAAGUACAGCCACCUGAUCACUUCCCACCAGUUUCACCCUAAUGAGUUGCUUAAGUACUGGCAGCAUCUACAGAGCAACAAGCACAAUGCCUGCAUCAACAUGCCGUUGAAGACUAAGGACAAAAUGAGCAGAAAACUGCUCUGGAGACCGCGGUUUGGAUCAUCAAUAAGUGUGGACAACAAAUGUUUAGGUAUUCUGGAGGUUUUGCCAAACGCACCAGAUAAAAGCACAUGAGGGUUUUGGACAACCUUACCCGUGUUUUUAUUUUUUCCAUUGUUGUAACUUUGAAGACAGGUUAUGAGUAUUUAUCUACCUUUAUAAAUCUAAAACAGAUUAAAAUGGGUACAAAAAUAAUCUGUUUGGGUUUGAUCUUGUCAUGUAUUGUUUUGUUUUUUUUUGCGAUAAAGGCUAUAAAAAAGUUGGUUUUAUUUCCUAAAAAUUAUUUCCGAUUUGUAAAAAAAAAAAAAAAGAGCAGCGUUGCUAAAAAAACAAAAAAAACAAAUCACAAAAUAUUUUAAGUAUGAAGGUACCCAUGAUGCCAAUGCAGCAAAAUGAAUCGAGACAAUUUUCAACUACGACAACAAAUUAUUUAAAUUAUCAAUGCCUCUAUCAUCUAAACAAAAUUAGGUCACUUUUGGUCCAAUCUAUCAAUUUAAAACACCACAGGCAAUGAAUUACAGCCCAGCAGAGAGUACAGCCAUGAAAUGUGAGUCAUGGUCAGUAUUCAUCUCACUAGUACAGAGAAAACUCUGGAGACAGCCACCUUGCUCACACUGCCUUAUAAAAGGGCACUUCAGAAGUUUUCCACAGAAGUUACAAGCCAACAUUAACCUUAGACCAAAAAUAACACCCUCAAAGGAAAUAAAUAACUGGAAAUUACUAGGAGAGCUUAUUAGUAAAACACUGUCAAGUGUUAAUCGGGGUGACGUGUGAGGCCAAAAUAUUUGUAAGUCAUUGAUUUUGUUUUCUUUUCUACAUCUCCGCAAUAGCACAACAGGAAAUCAAUAAGUUUAUUCCAUGUGACAUCCACCACAGUUUACAGCUUAUCUGGCUCUGUUGAAAACAAGUCCACUGUGUUAUGACCAGAGCAUGUGAGCAGAGCGGUGAUGAUUCCACCUGAGCGAAGAGCGCCCUUUUGAAGAUUCUGCUCCGCUCGCUCAGGCCGCUCAGUGCCACGAAAUAAGCAAUAGGCCUGAGGUUAUGGAGCUCUAACAUUGUUUUAGUGAAAUUACAAACCUUACAGCCAAAAUAAAUGCAAAGUAUAAAUCAAAGUUAAGAGCGAGGAAAUCGAAAGGGAGUGUGGAGAAACCACGAGAAUGAGCAAGUAUUCCUUUUGGAAUCAUACGCGUCACAUUGCCAGAGAGCACAAGGAUGUGCUACGUGAACAUGGUAGUGCAGCAAAAGGUGAGCUAGUAGGCUACACUACUAUUCGACAAUAAAUUAAUAGAUAAGUAAUCUAUCUUACUGUUUUGCAAUCAUGUCAGUGCAGCUGACAGCUAGAUGCAGACCCGGUUCUGCAGGGUUGAGAAUGUUAGAGCACCCUCAAUUAAAUACAGCUGUGCUCAAAUGUUUGCAUACCCUUGAAGAAUUGGUAAUAUAUGUACCAUUUUUAAAGAAAACAUGAGUGAGCAGGCAAAACACAUUUCUUUUAUUUCUUAUGGGAUUCAUAUUCAACUGUAGGUUAUAACAGAAUGGCACAAUCAUAAAACAAAACAUGGCAACAAUGAAAAAAAUGAAAUGACCCAUAUUCAAAAGUCUGCAUAUCCUUAGUUCUUAAUACUGUGUAUUGCCCCCUUUAGCAUCAAUGACAGCGUGCAGUCUUUUGUAAUAGUUGUCUAUGAGGCCCCACAUUUUUGCAGGUGGUAUAGCUGCCCAUUUGUCUUGGCAAAAUGCCUUCAGGUCAUGCAAAGUCUUUAGUCGUCUUGCAUGAACUGCACGUCUGAGAUCUCCCCAGAGUGGCUCGAUGAUAUUAAGGUCAGGAGACUGUGAUGGCCACUCCAGAACCUUCACCUUUUUCUGCUGUAACCACUGGAGGGUCAACUUGGCCGUGUGCUCAGGUUCAUUGUCGUGCUGGAAAGUCCAAGAGCGUCCCAUGCGCAGCUUUCGUGCAGAAGAAUGCAAACUGUCUGCCAGUAUUUUCUGCUAACAUUCCGCAUUCAUCUUGCCAUCAAUUUUCACAAGAUUCCUCGUGCCUUUAGAGCUCACACACCCCCAAAACGUCAGUGAGCCACCAACAACACUUUUCACUAUAGGCCUUGUCACUAUAACCCCUCUCCAAACACAGCGCUUAUGGUUGUGACCAUAAAGCUCUAUUUUGGUCUCAUCAUUCCAAAUUACAGUGUGCCAGAAGCCGUGAGGCGUGUCAAGGUGUUUUUUUGUGGCAUUGGUAAAGGAUUCUUUCUGGCAACUCGACCAUGCAGCUAAUUUUUGUUCAAGUAUCGUCGUAUUGUGCUCCUUGAAACAACCACACUGUCUUUUUCCAGAGCAGCCUGUAUUUCUCCUGAGGUUACCUGUUUUUUCUUUGUAUCCUGAACAAUUCUUCUGACAGCUGACCUUGGCUUGGUAUCAAGAGAUCCCAGAAUUUUCCACUUCUUAAUAAGUGAUUGAACAGUACUGACUGGCAUUUUCAAGGCUUUGGAUAUCUUUUUAUAUCCUUUUCCAUCUUUAUAAAGUUCCAUUACCUUGUUACACAGGUCUUUUGACAGUUCUUUUCUGCUCCCCGUGGCUCAGUAUCUAGCCUGCUCAGUGCAUCCACGUGAGAGCUAACAAACUCAUUGACUAUUUAUACACAGACACUAAUUGCAAUUUAAAAAGUCACAGGUGUGGGAAAUUAACCUUUAAUUGCCAUUUAAACCUGCGUGUGUCACCUUGUGUGUCUGUAACAAGGCCAAACAUUCAAGGGUAUGUAAACUUUUGAUCAGGGCCAUUUGGGUGAUUUCGGUUAUCAUUAUGAUUUAAAACAUAUUUUUAAAAUCAAUGCCAAAAUUUCACAAUUUAUGCCAGGGUAUGCAAACUUAUGAGCACAACUGUAUGUAAGCUUAAUAAUACUGUAUAUUGGCAAAGCAUUUUACCUUGAAUCCUGGUGAACACACACAAAAAAUCCUUGCAUCAAAACCAAUAAACAUGUUUGAUAUUGCAGAUCAGUGUGUCCUAAUUUGCAGUCGGAGAAUUCUGCUUUCAUGUCUCUAUUGUACAAUUGAUCAUUUGAUUGGUAAAGAUUUCCACUCUCGCAUAGAAAAUUUCAAAGCUGAAUUCUCACUUAAUCGACCAGCUUUCGAUUUCUGCUUAGGGAUAAAGUCGCACAUAACUGCUGGUCGGUUUCCCAAAACAAAAUCCACACCUUGACGAUAAGUGAAACAUAAAAAAACUGACUCUAGAUUAGUGUUUGCAGAUAACAUCUUUGACGUCACUUGCUGCAUUCAUGCGCAGAGAAACAAAAUCUAUAUAUGAUUGUACAUUAGAAAAAAAAACUUUUCUUAAACGAAGGCAGUGUAAUUUGUGAAUUAAAUAAUUUACAUUUGUUUAGGAUCAAUAAACAAUUUCAUCUAAUAUAUAUGACAAAAUCUCACUUUAUGCAGGACAAAUAUUUUUUAUUUGUUAAAUCCAUGAUUAAACGUUGCUGUACAUAUAAAGAGCGCAUGCACAACACAUGAUCUUUUGAUGCAUAUAAAUCCAGAUUCACUUUAUAAUGCUUUAAAAAUAUCAAGGAAAAUCAAAGGGGGCACAUGGUAUCUACUAAUAUAAUAAUUAUUAUAUAAAUAACCACAGCCCUUUAGAUUGCAUUUGAUUCGUACAUAUAAAAUUGUAGGGAAUAUUAAUAAAGCAACAACACUGAAAAAAGAGAAAAACAUUCACUGCUCUUUUCUGGAUAACUUAAACCCUUUAAAUCUGAACACAAAAUAAGGAUGAGAAAUUGCUCAUUUUAAUUUACAGACCCAAAGUCUGAUAGCAUUAAUUCAGAAACAUAUUAAGGUAUCUAAUCUAAAGUAUAAUCAUUCCAUGGAGACAACGCAAUUGAAAAACAAUUAUGAAUUUCACUUUGACCUGAAAUACUUUUCCUGGUAUCAGUCCAUGUUUUAAUUAUUGCCAUAAACGACUCGAACAAACUUUAAAGUUGAAAAGAUUGUGUUUUUCUAAGUCGGUUGUAUCACUCGGGUCCAGUUUAAACUGAAAAGCGCAAAUUUGCGCAUAUGCGAGUUUCCGUGCCAACGCGCACGUUUUAUCACUUGUAGAGGCAUGUUUGAUGACUUGUUUGAAGUAAAUAAAUGGAAUUUUGGAAUGGAAUUUUUUAAGGUAUUAUUUGAAGAUGUUGAUGACAUAUGUGCUAACAGAGAAAUAUUUGACAGAUUACAAAUUAUAAUGACGGUCCGGUUCACCCAAUUAUCUAACAGUUAUUGUAAACCAGUCCAAAAUAAACAGUGAGAUUUUAUUUACUAAAACACAACAAUACAAUCACAUAAUUUCAGAUGUGUACAUUACUAAUCAUUUGAUCAUUUAAUAAAUGUCGGCCUAUAGUCUAUAUUUCACCCAAAGGGGCACCUAAGCCCAUGUGGGCAAAGGGGCAGUUGCUUGGGCCACUGUAGCUACCCCCUGUGUACGUACUUGGAACCAAGUAUACUACAGAGAAAUUUAAUGUCGAAGCGGGAUUUGAGUGAAUGCUUUUUUACCGGUGAGCAUGAGCAGUACUUUACCGCUCCGCUCACAUGCUCUGGUUAUGACUUAAAGGAAUAGUUCACCCGAAAAUAUACAUUUUCUAAUCAUUUACUCACUCUCAUGCCAUCUCAGAUGUUUGACUUUCUUCUGCUGAACACAAAUGAUUUCUAGAAGAAUAUUUCUGCUCUGUAGGUCCAUACAAUGCAAGUGAAUGGUGACCAGAAGUCUGAAGGUCCAAAUAUCACAUAAAGGCAUCAUAAAAGUAAUCCAUAUGAUGCCAGUGGUAAACUCUAUGUCUUCUGAAGAGAUCCAAUCUGUUUUGGGAGAGAACAAACUAAAAUAUAUCUCCUUUUUGACUGUACAUCUUGCCAUUGCAGUCUCUAGGCACAAUUACGAUUUCAAGCUCGAUUACACUUCCUAGUGCUUGGCACAUGCGCAGAGUGCUACAUGCCGCUAUAGGAAGUUUGAAGCUUGUAAUCACCGUCGCCAAGGAGACUGCUGUCAAGAUUUAUAGUGAAAAAGGAAUUACAUUUUGCUCUGUUCUCACCCAAAACCAAUUGGAUCAGUUCAGAAGAUACUGAUUAAACCACUGGAGUUGUACGGACUGCUUUUAUGAUGCCUUUGUGAUAUCUGGACUUUCAAACUUUUGGUCACCAUUCACUUACAUUGAGAGGCCCUAGAGAGUGGAGAUAUUCUUAAAAAAAAAAAAAAACUGAAUUUGUGUUCUACAGAAGAGAGAAAUUCAUACACAUCUGGGAUGGUAUGAUGGCGAGUAAAUUAUGAGAAUUUGAAUUUUUGGGUGAUCGCUCCCUUUAAUAAAGGACGUUCAAGCCAAGUCACAAAAAUGUUCAUGGUUAGCAAGAGUUGCAGUAUACUUUGAAUGUGCAAUACUGUAUAUUGAUUAAAAAAAACAAAAAAACAACAACAUUAGAGAUAAUUAUACUAUUAUUUGGCCUAAACAGUAAAAUUACAUUUCUGGGGAAAAUCUAAAAUCAUGCAUUCAAUUAGAUUUCAAUCAAAUUAAGGCUUCAUGAUAAUGAUAAAAAAACAUAAUUGACCAUUACUUGAUACUGUAAUUGGGAUUAUUUUAAUUUAGAAAUUUUAUAUAUAUAUAUAAAAAUGCCACAUUAAUGUUCAGACAGAUGUCUUUUACUGUGACAUACUGUCAUACCAUUACAUAGUCUACACUAUUUAUUGUUCAUCUGGUGUUUCAGCAAAUCGUUACCCAACUCCCAUCAUGUUUAAAAUAUACAUUUUGCAAAAAAUUAAGAGUUUAAAAUAGAAGAAAUAUAGUUUAAUACAUAAUAUACUUUUAUAUUUUUACAAAUAGAAUUUUAAAAUCAACGCAAAAAUGGUUUUGGAGAUAUGCUAGUGUCUACUACGCCACACCUAUCACACUGAGUGUUCAGAUCAGGAAACCCCCAGAUCCUACAUAAUUUUUUUUCUUCAGUUUGCCUAGUCUUGAUUUUUCCAAGAUAAUGAAACAAUACUUUCCUCAUUUAAGAUUUAUAAGCCACAGAAACAGCACAGGGCAGAUGACUGUAAGCAAAUCCUUAAUACCGAGGGCAAAGAUUCAUUUAAUAUCCAGUAAUGUUAAUUUAAUUAAGUCUGAGUCUGAUAAACUUCAAAUUGGUCAAACUUUCGACUGCUUUUUAGACAGCACAGCGGUCCAAAAGGGAAGUGAAUUACAUUUCUUUUCAACAGUUGGAUUCAACUGUGGUUCAAGUAUUGACCACAACUAUAAGAAAUCUUUACCAACAUAUAUAUUUUUCAAAAAAAAAAAUACAAAAAUAGGCCACAAACAA